AUGUCCAAAGCACAAUCAUCAAACAACAGUACUGGCAAGGGAUCUACCUCCUUCCGUGCUUUUUCUCUCUUUAAAAACUUUGCAGAAUAUUUCAUUGAUGUACCCAAGGAAUCUCACUUUUAUGAGAGAGGUGUUUUGACCCCAGAGGAAUUUGAAAAGGCUGGUGAUUUACUCGUUUCCAAAUGUCCAACAUGGUCAUGGAGCGCAGGUGAAUCUUCCAAAAGAAAGGAUUAUCUUCCUGCCGAGAAGCAAUUUCUGAUCACGAGAAAUGUUCCUUGUUUGAGACGUUGCAGCGAAUUGAUUGAGAUGGCAAAGGAUGAAGAAGCUGUGGAAGAUGGCGAGUGGAUUGCUACUCACGUGAAUCAAACAAAGGAGAAGGAAGAAAUUGGAGAAAUUGAGAGUGGAUCAGCAUUGGCUCAAAAUGAUCUUGUAGUUCAUACGGCCGAUGAUGAAGAAGAUGAUGACGAAGAAGCCAUUGAUAUUAAUAAUUAUUCUGAUUCGGAACUUGAGGAUACUAUCAAAGAUAAAGGAGCUCUCGAGGCCAACAGCGGAGAUGAUAUUCUCAAGACGAGAACCUAUGAUUUGAGUAUUACCUAUGACAAGUAUUAUCAAACUCCACGAGUUUGGCUUUUUGGAUAUGAUGAACGUGGUGCCAAAUUGGAAACUGAAAAAAUUCUCGAGGAUAUUCAUGCCGAUUACGGAAAUAAGACUGUGACAAUUGAACAACAUCCACAUUUGAAUACUCAAUGGGCCAGUAUUCAUCCAUGCAGACAUGCUGAGGUCAUGAAAAAGAUGGUUGAUCGUUUGUCAGGAGGUGGAGAUGGUGACAAACAAUUUGUGAGAGUUGAUUUGUAUCUUUUCUUAUUCUUGAAAUUCAUUUCUUCAGUGAUACCAACCAUUGAAUAUGAUUUCACAACUCAAGUUGAUUAA